AUGCUUUUGGAAAAAAUUGUCAAAUACACCAAGGAAUUAGAGGAUCCAAAAAACCCUUUGUUAGGACCGACAUUGAAAGGAUUGUAUUUAUUUGGCCUCUGGCCGAUUGGGAGUAAGUUUAGGUCGACUGUUUACAAUUUAUUUCAUUUUUCAACAUUACUUUUUGUAAUAAGCGAAUUCACUGACCUCUAUGUUGUCAGACAUGACAGCAACAAAGUUUUGAACAACAUGUCACUGACAGUUCUUAGCUUAAUUUGCUUUGCAAAAUGUUAUUCUUGCGUCAUGUGGCACAGCGAUUGGAAGGAGCUCGUUAGAGGUAUUUCUGAGGAGGAAUUACGACACAUUCAAAAAGACGAUCCCGUAACAAAAAAACAUAUGGAAGAUUACACGAGGUACACAAGGGUAAUCACAUUUAUGUUUUGGGUGAUGGUAUUCAUAACAAAUUUUCUUUUGAUAUUAACUCCUUUGUUGAAAUAUGCGUCAUCUCAUUCUUACCGCGAGGAGAUACGCAUGGGGAUUGAACCAUUACCCCAAAUUCUAUGCUCCUGGUUCCCGUUUGAUAACACGAAGAUGCCUGGCUAUGUCGGAGGUAUUAUCGUUCAUGUGAUUAUGGGUAGCCAAGGUUCGGGAGUACUGGCUGUCUACGACAUGAACUCUGUUGCAAUUAUGUCUUAUCUUAAAGGACAGAUGAUUAUUCUUAGAAAUAAAUGUAUAAGCUUAUUUGACGAUGUUACUUCGACCGAAGAUGUAUUAGAAAGGAUUAAAGAGUGUCAUCGUCAUCAUAACGCAAUACUCAAACACUUCUUGCUGUUUAACUCCCUGCUCUCUCCUACCAUGUUUCUAUAUGUGCUGAUGUGUUCCAUAACCAUUUGCGGCAGCGUGGUCCAGUUUGCUUCUAAAGAAGCCACUGCGUCACAAAAAUUGUGGGUUAUUCAGUACACUUGUGCAUUAGUAUCGCAGCUGUUUUUGUACUGUUGGCAUAGCAACGAAGUUACACUGCAGAGUAGAGUGGUAGAUGGAGGAAUCUACAAUAGCAACUGGUGGAAGAGCGAUGUAAGAGUGCGCAAACAACUAAUAUUAUUGGCGGGGAAAUUGAAUCAUCCAUUAGUGUUGGACGCUGGUCCUUAUACCACACUCUCUGUACCUACUUUCAUCGAAAUAAUGAAAGGCUCCUACAGUUUCUUCACGCUUUUCUCACAAAUUCAAGAAGAUUAACUUUCGAUUGUUAUUCACGAUUCAAUUUGCUAACAGAACAUUUGCCGGU